ACCAAUUGCUUCUCAUUUCAUCUUUCUCUCGCUCUCUCUUUCUGUUUAGGGUUUAACCAAUAACUUCUCGCUCUUGUAUUUGAAAUCACCUCGCAGCUUCUCAAUUCAUCUCUCUCUCACUCUCUCCAUAUAUACAUACGUGUGUUUGCGCUCUAAAAGCACACACACAUUACAUUUUUUUUCACUUGGUAAAUGGAUGGAAGAAUCAACGCGGCUAUUGAAAGUAGCGGUGGUUCAAUUUCGACAAAUAGAAAAUACAGCGUCGGUGGAUUUGGUUCAGAAGUGGACAGUGCCAUAAGGAGUGGGACUGCGCCAAAUUCGGAAGUAUCCUCCGUCCAUGGAUUCGAUCGCGCAGUGGAGAAUGACAUCAAGAGUACCACGUCAAAUUUGGAAACACCGGUCAGUGUUGAUAGUUUUGGUCGGACGGUGGAGAAUGCAAUGAGGAGCUUUGCGCCAAAUCCCCCUCCUCUCUACGGUUUCGCUAAGGCAGUGGAUCUUGCCAUUAGCAGCCACGUCGGUUUCGAACAAGAUCAGAAUGAAACUAAAGAGUCGCCCAGCGGUACCGUCUACGAAGGCUUCCCGGACGCAAGGAGAGGGAAAGAACAACCCACAUGGAGGGUGUUUUCUUUGGAGGAAUUAAAGUCUGCUACGAAUAAUUUCAAACCUGGCAACAUUCGAGGAGAAGGAGGCUUUGGCAGUGUGUACUGGGGCCAACUAUCGGAUGGAUCGCAAAUUGCGGUGAAAAGUUUGAAGUUUCAGAGCAACAUAACUGAAACAUUUACGGUUGAACUUGAAAUCUUGGCAAGAAUACGACACCAGAAUCUUCUCAGUCUUCGUGGCUACUGUGCAGAAGGACAGAAACGGUUAAUUGUGUAUGAAUAUAUGCAAAAUCUGUGUCUCCACUCUAUUCUUCAUGGACAUAAUUCAUUGAAAUGCCCUCUGGAUUGGAAUCGUCGGAUGAAUAUCGCAAUUGGUUCCGCUGAAGGAAUUGCGUACCUUCACCACCAAGCAACACCACGUAUCAUCCACAGGGAUAUUAAAUCAAGCAAUGUGUUGCUAGAUUCUGAUUUCAAGGCCAGGGUUGCUGAUUUUGGGUUUGCUAAGUUGAUCCCUGAUGGGGCAACACAUGUGACUACAAAAGUUAUGGGAACUCGUGGCUACCUUGCACCAGAAUAUGCCAUGUUAGGUAAAGCAAAAGCGAGUUGUGAUGUGUACAGUUUUGGUGUUCUGCUUCUAGAACUCGCUAGUGGCAGAAGACCAACCGAAAUGCUUGAUUCCACGGUGAGGAGAUCGAUAGUUGAUUGGGCAUUGCCAUUGGUUUGUGAGAAGAAAUUUAGUAAGAUUGCUGAUCCAAGACUAAAUGGUAAUUAUGUGAAGGAAGAGCUUAAAAGAGUUGUUUUAGUUGCUCUUAUUUGUGCUCAGGAUCUACCUGAGAAGAGACCAUCCAUGCUUGAUGUGGUAGAACUACUCAAGGGAGAGUCUAAGGAUAAAUUUUCUGAUUUAGAGAACAGUGACAUGUUCAGAAGUCGUCUUGCUGCUGCUGGAACUUCAGUGGCUAAAGAUAGUUUAGACUACAUCUCAGAAGAAAAAGAAUUAGAACAUCCGCUGAGAAAGAAUGCUUCGUGUUUUUUUGCUAUUGUUGCAAUUUUCAAGUCAACACUCGAAGCCCUUUUUUAGAUUGGCUUGGGUAUGUUUGCUGCAUGUGUAAUUUGAUAGAACUUUUCGGAAUCAACAAGUUUGGAAAACGAUUUUUAACAAAUUUUAAACCAUGACUAUGUGCAACAGAACUUCUUCUAGUGUUGUUUCUUUCACCAUCUAAACUUCUCUAUAAAUGUUUCAAAACCAAGCUCUUGGACAGGUUCAUCAACAAGUGUUGCAACAUGUCUUACAGCAUUCUCUUUGUUCUACCAAUCUUUUUCUUGUUCCCGAGUAGCUUCUGCAACCAUCUACUUUUACGUUGGUAAAUGAUGCUUGUUUUGGAUACGAGAUUGAAGUCUCUUACUCAAAGCACUCACUCUAAACUCUCUUGAAGGUAUGAUGGACUCUCUAAUAGUCUUUCUUAAUCCAAGUUACAUUGUUCAUUCUCUUUAUUUCUUGUUUAAGCCGUGCAAGUGGGUAUUUAGUG